GGGUCAUGUGACGCGGCGGAGGUCUAGGAGCGUGUCAUCACAGUGGAAGUAACAAGAAGGUAGGGCAGACGUGUGUGUGAGUGGCAGUACAACACGAAGAUCCAGCUGUCGUGCGUGUGGUUAUUAUAUAUCAACCAGCAGCCCGCUGCCCUGGAGGACUAAUGCCGUCUGUGAGAGACUGCAGCUAACAAGGAGUUGGACCCGAAUGACACGUUUGAACCCCCGGGUCUGAGAAUGGGUGCUGGAGGAGUGUGUAUGAGCAGAUGAUUCUGGUCCAGUAGGAGAUAGAUCUGGACCAGUAGGAGAUGAUCCGGUCCAGUAGGGACCCCCAACCUCCUGCUACAUGGCGUGUCCCGUCCAGUUCCUCUGCAAGACGGUCCGGAACGUGGGCCUGGUUCUCUUCUACUACGUGUUCUCCAUAGGCAUCACCUUCUACAACAAAUGGCUGAUGGAGGGCUUCCACUACCCUCUCUUCAUGACCCUGGUCCACCUCACCAUGAUCUUCCUGCUGUCCACCAUGACCCGGCACCUCGUCGCACGCUGGACGGGGAAGCCGCGCGUGGUCCUGAGCUGGAGGGUCUACUUGGUCAAAGUAGCUCCUACAGCCCUGGCUACGGUCCUGGACAUUGGCCUGUCCAACUGGAGCUUCCUCUUCAUCACCAUCAGCCUGUACACCAUGACCAAGUCCUCCGCUGUCCUCUUCAUCCUCUUCUUCUCCCUCGUCUUCAAGCUGGAGGAGCCGAACCCGUACCUGGUGGUGGUGGUGGUGCUGAUCUCCAGCGGUCUGUUCAUGUUCACCUUUGAGUCGACCCAGUUCAACAUGGAGGGCUUCCUCAUGGUGCUGCUGGCCGCCUUCAUCGGGGGCAUCCGCUGGACGCUCACGCAGAUCCUCAUGCAGAAGGCGGAGCUGGGUCUCCAGAACCCCGUGGACACCAUGUACCACCUGCAGCCCCUCAUGUUCCUCUGCCUCUUCCCCCUCUUCCUCUUCAACGAAGGUCUGGGCGUGAGCUCGUCGGAGAAGCUGUUCCGGGUGGAGCACCUGCCCCCGCUGCUGUACUCCCUGCUGACGCUGAGCCUGGGGGGGGCGCUGGCCUUCGGCCUGGGCUUCUCGGAGUUCCUCCUGGUGUCCCGGACCUCCAGCCUCACCCUCUCCAUAGCGGGCAUCUUCAAGGAGGUGUGCACCCUGCUCCUAGCGGCGGGCUUCAUGGGGGACCGGAUGAGCGCGGUCAACUGGCUGGGCUUCGCCGUGUGUCUGUCCGGCAUCUCGCUGCACGUGGGCCUCAAGACCUACUACUCCAGGAACAAGGGCCCCUCGUUAAGGCCCCUAACGAGCAAGAGCUCGGAGCUGGAGCUGCCUCUGCUGCGGGCCGACGAAGACGAGGACCCGCCCAGGGGCGAAGACUCUGACUGCGGACAGGAGAUCAGUCUACACUGACAGCAUGGAGACACCCGACGACCGCCGGGACGUCACUCAAAUCAGGAAAUAACGAGCGACCUCGUGAAAACAGUGUCUGUUGUUUAUGGCAUCGCAAAAGGGAGGAGCCGACUCCGCCCUGAUGUCACGGAAACGGAUUAAUGUUAUGACACCACAAAAUAGGAAGUAACCGACGAAAACGAUCCAGAAGCUUUAAUUGUUGUUUUUAAUCCAGCUGCCAUAUGUCUGUUUGGGGUUAACCGGGGUACUAGUCAUAGUGAGUUAAACCCAUGAAAUAACCAUUGAUGUCGUUGAUGGGCGUGUGAGGGUCACGUUCGAGGGCUUGAACGCUGUGGACCAAACCAAAAAAGUAUUCCCGGUCAGUUUAAUUUUUUUGUUGUUUCGCUUUAAUUUUUGUUGAGGAGAUAAUAUUAUAGGCCUACGACUGAGUUAACCCUCACGCAGCUAGCUCAACUCUUACGUUUCUCCCCUACCGUUUGUUAUAAAAUGCUCUUCUGAGCAUGUCAAGUUUGGAUUGCGUUCUCAGCAGUUUUAAAUAACAUCGACCAGAUGUUUCAUGACGACGCAAACACAAAAUACUCAUCAAGACACGAAAUUUUUUUAAAUUUCAGCUGAUUCAGUUGAUGCAAGGUAUUCGUACGACAGUUACCAAUCAUUGUAGGUAACUGGACUGUGCUCCAAGCGGAACGAGUCCAGUCCCCAGCCCAGACAGUUGGACUAACAAUGGGCGACUUAUUUAUGAGAUUAUAUCUGCUACUUAUCUCCAAUUAUUUUUGUUUGACGAUUAAUUUAAAAUUCAGGCAGGGGUUUUCCCUAGAGCUCUCCAAUUAGCAGGUCAAAAAAGAAUAAAAAUGUUAGGACUUGUUAAUAAUGUGUUCUGCCUUGUUAUGGUGUGUUUUAAUGUGUUAUAACAUGCUAUGACGUGAUGUACAUGUGAUGACGCCAGAGACCUGUACAGAGCAACCUCCACGUGCCUUGUCUGCCCCGUGUUGCCACGCUGGACCAGAGGAACUUCUAACACGGAGAAAGUAAUGGAUGCUCGCUCAGUUGAAAGCCGUAUGUCGGGACCGGUGUGUCUCUGAAAGCUUUGGUGCAAUUGAAUAAAUGAUUUGGGGGCGUCCACAGAAAUCCC